UACUUUUGCAGCCUAUUUUACUCCUGAUACUAACUGGCUAUCUGUAGCAUGAACGCAUUGUGAUCAUUCAUGCUUUAAGUGCAGCUGCCGUGACAAAACGUGACUUGAAAUAAUUAUUCUGAUCGUGGUUUCCUUUUCCGGUUUUCGGGGAUUGGUUCAAUCUGACAGUUUCGACGGUUUUUAUAUCUUUUCUUUUCUUACAUAGCUAUUCAGAAAUCUUGCAUUGCAACGCGCUCAAGCUGAAGAAAUUGAGGCUUAAAAUGGAACACGAGAAGGUCUCGGAGAGGUCACAAAAACAUAUAACUGGCCUUGAUUUUACAGGGUUAGGGAUUUUUUUGUUGCUGAUUAGUGUUGUGGCCGCGAUAGUGCUUGGUCUCACAGUUGCACGUUUCGCAGUGUACGACAUGGAACUGAAAACGUCCGAGUGUAGAGUCUUAUCCACUGGAGUAGCAAGCGAAAGGAUGAAUUGUAGUUGCACGAACACCGUGCCCUCUUUCAUGUCGUCUAAGUCGUCCUACCCUUGCCUUCUGAUAGAAGUUGCCUUGUACGAGAACGGUGAAGAGCACACAGCCUAUCUGUAUGAAAAUAGUUACAAGGAGAAAAAUAAGUGCAGCACUCAGCCGUGUGACUGCCUCGACGUCAAUAAUGAUGGAAAUGUGACAGUGUUUUGGAUUAAUUAUGGUGGAGUUAACGACACGUACACUUGUUACUACAAUCCCAAAAAUCUCAACGAAGCUUUUACAAAAAGAGUUUUGAAGAGUGAUGGCAUGAAGUUGAUGCAUUCCUUCUUGUGGCCAGGGCUAGUUUUGGGUAUCGGCAUCGUCUUUCUGGGUAUAGGGUUUUGCCGAGAUAAAGGACACUGCCGUUACAGGAAGCAGAAUGAAUCCUCCAGUUCUGUUCCAUAUCAAGAUCUUUCGUCAAUGGCCUAAUCAUAAACAUUUUAUCAUAAAUUGUAUGAAAGAUUAGCUAUCGUAUUAAUGUGUGGUUGAAUCAAGCAUAUAGUUAGGUUAUUGUUUCAA